GUCGAUCUGCGCGGCAUGGUUGAGCGUUUGGCUUCCAAGCCUGAUCUAUAAAUUCAGGGCUCUUCACCUCUCUAACCAUCAUCAUCCUCCUCAUCAAGUUUUUAUACUUACAAACAAGCCAGCCAACCCCAAUUGAUACGCUUUGCGAACGCAUCCGCCAUCAUGAGUGACUUCAUCGGAUCAAACAAGUAUACCAUCACGCCCCGCCACACCGACAAGAAACUCGACCUAUACCAGGGCAGCAAGAAUGACGGGACCACGCUGCAGAUUUACGAGUCGCAGCCUGGCAAUCCGAACCAGGAGUUUGUUUUUGCCGAUGCGGGCAACGACGAGUACCUGAUUCUGAAUCUGGGUACCGGCACGUACAUGACUGCUAACAGUGAAACUGACGCCCCCGUCACUGGCAAUCUCCUCCCGCCCGUUGACCAGAGGGUGCGCUGGAAGGUGGUUCCGGUGCGCGGUGGAAGUGGAGCCUACAAGUAA